CUCAAUCUUUUAUCCUUGCUGAGAGUGGCAGAGGAUACACCCUCGCUUCUUGUGUGUGUGCGCGUGUGCGUGGCUCGCCGUGUGAACCGCAUGUGUCUUCACGUGUGGCUUCGCAGCUUACGGGAAGGACCCACGAAGUGCUCUGGACUCGGAUAUCAGAUCCUUCUCCUCAUGCAUAUUUACCACAACACUCUGAAAUCCUCCUAACGUUAAAGAUUCUUAGUUUCCACCUCUCGAGGCAGCAUCUCCAUGGAAUCUUCAAUCCCUCCCAGAGGAUCUUGGAUUUAAUGAGCAGCCACCGUGGAAUGAAGCAAGUGUUUUCAGGAUUCCCUGCAUUACAGCUCUGGUGGCUGAUCAAGUGAAGAAGGAGUGCUGCGAGGGUAUGUGGAUUAAGGAGAGAAGUUAUCCAGCUCACACCUCCAGCUUCCAACUUUCUGCACAGUAGCAGCUCCAGCAGCUCGUUGGAAUCAGCAGGACAGCAAUUACUGCCCGUAACCGAUAAGAUGGCGGCCAGGGAAGCGACUGGGCACAGCUACCUGGUGGCUUGUUGGCAGCCCAUUCUGAUCCUGAUGCUGGGUACUGUGCUCUCUGGCUCCACCACCGGCUGUCCAUCCCGCUGCGAGUGCAACGUUCAAGAGCGCUCUGUGAUGUGCCACCGCAAGAAGCUCAUGACAGUUCCAGAGGGCGUUCCUGCAGAAACAAAACUGCUGGACCUCAGCAAGAACCGCAUCAGAACCAUCAACCCUGACGAGUUUGCCAUCUUCCCUAACCUGGAACACCUGGAGCUCAGUGAAAAUACAAUCUCCACUAUUGAACCUGGAGCCUUCAACAACCUUUACGGCUUGCGGACAUUGGGUCUGCGUAGCAACAAGCUUAAGCUGAUCCAACUUGGUGUCUUCACUGGCCUGAGCAAUCUCACAGAGCUGGACAUCAGUGAGAACAAGAUCGUCAUCCUGUUGGACUACAUGUUCCAGGAUUUGUACAACCUGCGAUCUUUAGAGGUGGGUGAUAACGACUUGGUUUUCAUCUCUCACCGGGCUUUUCAUGGCUUAAGUAGCCUCGAGCACCUGAGUCUUGAGAAGUGCAACCUGUCCUCUGUGCCAACAGAUGCUUUUACCCACCUCCACAGUUUGAUCACGCUCAGGCUGCGCCUUCUCAACAUCAAUGUCAUACGGGAUUAUUCCUUCAAAAGGCUCUAUCGGCUAAAAGUCUUGGAAAUAGCCAAUUGGCCAUACCUAGAUACAAUGACUCCAAAUUGCUUGUAUGGAUUAAAUCUGACCUCCCUGACCAUUGCAAAUGCCAACCUGACCACAAUUCCCUAUGUGGCCUUGCGGCACUUGGUUUAUUUGCGCUUUCUAAAUCUUUCAUAUAACCCCAUCCAUACCAUUGAGGGGAACAAGCUACAUGAUCUCUUGCGUCUGCAAGAAUUUCACCUGGUCGGGGGUAGACUUGCAAUGAUUGAGCCCUACUCUUUCCGUGGUCUGAACUACCUGAAGAUUCUUAAUGUAUCUGGAAACUCUCUUACUACUUUGGAGGAGUCUGCUUUCCAUUCAGUCGGAAACCUCGAAACCCUUGCCCUGUAUGACAACCCUCUGGCCUGCGACUGCCGACUGUUAUGGGUUUUUCGGCGACGCUGGAGACUGAACUUCAACAGGCAGCAGCCUACCUGCGCCUCCCCUGAGUUUGUCCAAGGCAAAGAAUUCAAAGACUUUCCGGAUGUCCUGCAGCCAAACUACUUCACAUGUCGCAAGUCCAGGAUUAAAGAUCGCAAAUCCCAGCAGAAAUUUGUCGACGAGGGAGCCAUCGUUCAUUUUGCUUGCCAGGCAGAUGGAGAUCCCGCCCCACUGAUAAUGUGGCUGUCCCCGCAGAAAAAGUUCAUCACCACCAAGACCAUCGGGAGGCUCUCUGUCUUGCCGGAUGGCACCCUAGAGGUCAGAUAUGCCCAGAUUCAAGACAAUGGUACAUAUGUGUGUAUAGCUAGCAACGCUGGAGGAAACGACACCUCUCUUGCUCACCUGCACAUUCACAGCUACUCGCCUGACUGGCCACACCAGCCCAACAAGACCUUUGCCUUCAUCUCCAACCAGCCCGCAGAAACCGGUGCUAACGGUACAAGAGCCAACGCCCCUUUCCCCUUCGAUAUAAAGACGUUGAUCAUUGCCACCACAAUGGGCUUCAUCUCUUUUCUCGGUGUCGUCUUGUUUUGCCUGGUGCUGCUCUUCCUUUGGAGCAGAGGUAAAGGCAACACCAAGCACAACAUUGAGAUCGAGUAUGUGCCACGGAAAUCAGACGCUGGCAUGAGCAGCAGCACGGUGGAUGCGCCUCGCAAGUUUAACAUGAAAAUGAUUUAACGGAGCUGGUUUUGGACACAACAAAAACAAGACAAAUGGAAAAGAGGACAUUUUCUUUACCCAAUUACAAAACAGUGGAUCCUGGUCUGUUAACAAUUUUUUUUUGAAUGAAGCACUAGGAAGGAAGGCAGUUCUUGACUUAAACAAAUGAGAGGGAACAAAAGCACAUCCACCGCUAUGAGCUAUCGUUGGCUCCUACAAGGCCUUUAGGGCAUUAAUUGGAAGUCAAAUUUCUCAUAAACGGUUCAUUCUCCUGUGGAUUUAUACUGGGAAACAUAUAUCAGAAAAGAAAAACACGAGGGGCAGAUCAUAGAUUGGCCAUAGCUGUUUUGUGUCUGUAUCUUUAAUUUAGUGUUUGUUCUAUUUUUUACUGCCAAGGUUAGAUGUCAAGUUAAGAGUGAGAUUUAUAUGGGUUGAUGAGCACAUUUAUACAAAGUUGAUGCAUUCAAACAACUUCACCAUUAUUAUAUGUGCUCCAAAUGGUCUGUUUUCUUUCCUAAAGUGAUGAAUAAUGUUGCUGUAAUCCAUCAAAUGUAAAGUAUGUCUGUGUCACAAUACCUGAUUUUAUAAAAAGAGGCAUCUCCCAGCAGUUUGCAGAAAUACUUAACAUAGUGUGGCACAAAUAUGUUUCGAGGAAUACUGUGUACUAUAUAAAACUGGAUUUGAAUCAUUCAUCACAAAUACAUCCAAAACAAGAAAGUACAAUGAUGAAUAAUGUUUACAUCGGUCAUUAUGUAACGUGAAAUGUGGAAUAAACAAAUGCAAGUGCUCUGUAAAUGCAUACACGGAGUGAUAUACAAAUACAUCUCUUUUACUAUUGAUCAAAUUCUUACAACUGUUUGAAUAGACAAACACGAUUUGAGCAAUUGGGAAAUUAUUUAAUGAAACAUUUUGCGUCCAGUAUAUUUUGCGCCCAGUAUAGGACAACAGUAUCAGUGUCGCUCAUCCAUAAUUUUCAUAUGUAACCCAUACAGGGCCCUCACAUGGAUGGGGGGCAUGAUGCAGAAGGCAAUGUGAGAUGCUGCUGUUAAAAGAAUAAAUACAGCAUCUAUCCUGCGGCUUUACCCUUCCAAAAAAAUGAUUGACAUUGAUACAUUGGUACAACAAAACCUUUCAAAAAAUAAUAUGAAAGGAGUUAUUUUUUUGCUCAACAUGAUUGUGAGGAAUAAAAGUUGUGGUGCCCACACUUUUGGGAUAUAAUGUGCUCCUCAAGCUGUAGAAUAAUUUCUUUGUUGGUUAUUGUUUCUUGACUGUUUUUUCGAGAUCAAAGAUUUAUUUAUGGCGAUGCUCCCCUCGUUAAAGCCAUGGAAAUACUACUUUACAGGAUCAUUUCCAGGUUGGCUAUUCCCAGUAUAUGUGCAAUGUUUGUCAGGGGAAAAAGAACUGUGCAUAGUACGCUCCUAGUUAUUCCUGCAUAUAGAACCUGAGGUCACAGCCUUUCCUUUUCAAGUUCACACUGUGGACAGCUUGGCUUUGAGAAAGCGUGUGAGGAAAAGUUAUUUAUGAUGGAUGACAUUACAGACGGCGCAGCAACGGGAUGGAAGUCUGGACAGAAUAUGCAGAUGGUUGGAGUGACACAGAUGGUUUCACCCGUGGAGCAAUUCGAAGCAGCUUUGGUGUAAUCCGUUUUGCAUCAAGGAAGAAGAAAAAAAAAAAUCAUUGUACAUGGCUCAUGGUUCUCCCUCCUGCUGAUAAUGAAUGCUCUCUUUGUUCAAAGUGUGGCUACUGUACCUAGCCUUUUUUGAUCCUGAGUGACCACAGGAUUCAGUUUUCUUUUGGUUCCUAUUAUUCCUUUUUUUAUUUUGACCCCAGGCUAAAAUUAAAAAUCUAGUCCAAGCCAACUUUUUACAAAAAAAAUAAAAAAUAAAAAAGAUACAAAAAAAUAAAUCUAUGGAAAAUACAUUCAAAUUGUUCUGUGCAAUAACCGUAAUAUGCAGAUUUUUUUUUUUUAAUUAACAAAAUUUUGUUGAUGUUGAAUUGUUGAAAAUAUGGUAUGUUGUAUUAAACAAUCUAUGGACUUUUUAAACAAA